GUCCCAUUCCCCUAAGAAUUUACAAGCAAAAAAUGAUUAAUCAAUGUUGCUAAACCAUAAUGCGCAAAAGAAAAAGAGUAACUAGAAAAUUUUUUUUACACUGGUUAAUUACAAAAGGAAAAAAAAUAAAAAUGAAUGAUGAAAGCCUUCUUCUUCUUCCAAUUCCCUUCACUCACACCGGAGGCGACGCCACGUGUCCACACUGUCUCACACACACACACACACUGCAACUCGGGCCAAAACAACUGCCAUGCUCGCACCUUGUUGUUGUUAACCAGCCAUGGUGUGUUUUCUUCACUACUUUUCCCAAUGUUUUUCUUCCUUUUCUUUUUUUUAUUACUAUUAAACGAGAUUGACUUCUGGAAGCAGAGACUUGUUGCUUCAGUCCACGAAAAAUCUGAUUUACUGAUGAGGGAAGGUGGUUAUACUAAUGCUGCAUGUUCUUCUCCUUGCAUUGAUGAAGGGGUUUUGGAUUCUCCUCCAAAGUGUGAGACUUUCAGUAAGGUAUCAAUCAUUCCUCUUGUUUUCCUGAUUUUUUAUGAGGUUUCAGGGGGUCCUUUUGGUGUUGAAGAUAGUGUUAAGGCAGCAGGCCCUUUAUUAGCCCUUGUUGGAUUUUUAGUUUUUCCUCUAAUAUGGAGUGUCCCCGAAGCCUUAAUAACAGCAGAACUGGGAACGAUGUUCCCCGAAAACGGGGGCUAUGUGGUUUGGGUUGCUUCAGCCUUGGGUCCAUUUUGGGGUUUUCAACAAGGAUGGGUGAAGUGGUUGAGUGGUGUUAUUGACAAUGCACUUUAUCCAGUUCUGUUUCUGGAUUAUGUGAAAUCUGCUAUCCCCAGUUUAGCUGAUGGUUUCCCUAGAAUGGCUGCUGUUUUGGCUUUGACUGUAGGACUAACUUUUAUGAAUUAUAGAGGAUUGACAAUUGUUGGGUGGGCUGCUAUCCUAUUGGGGGUUUUUUCACUUCUUCCUUUUUUGUUUAUGGGGCUUGUAGCGAUCCCCAACUUGGAGGCGUCAAGAUGGUUUGUGGUAGAUGUUAAUCAUGUGGAUUGGGGUCUGUAUCUAAACACUCUUUUCUGGAAUUUGAAUUACUGGGAUUCAAUAAGCACGUUGGCUGGGGAGGUGGAAAACCCUUCUAGAACGCUCCCCAAGGCGCUAUUUUACGCGCUUAUCUUAGUGGUUUUAGGUUACUUUUUCCCUCUUCUGAUUGGCACUGGAGCUGUUCAGCUGGACCGCGAGUUGUGGACUGACGGUUAUUUCUCAGAUAUAGCCGAAAUUCUUGGGGGAGUAUGGUUGAGAUUUUGGAUUCAAGGGGCUUCGGCUGUGUCAAAUAUGGGGAUGUUUUUGGCGGAGAUGAGCAGCGACUCAUUUCAACUUUUGGGUAUGGCUGAUCGAGGGAUGCUUCCUGAGAUAUUUGGGAAACGGUCUCGCUAUGGGACUCCACUCCUUGGGAUCUUGUUUUCUUCAAUGGGCGUGAUUUUGCUCUCUUGCCUAAGCUUUCAAGAGAUCGUGGCCGCAGAGAAUUUCUUGUACUGUUUUGGAAUGCUUGUUGAGUUCAUAGCUUUUUUGAAGCUAAGGAUUGAUCAUCCUUCUGUGUCUCGCCCUUAUAAGAUACCCCUUGGCACAACCGGAGCUGUCUUGAUGUGCAUCCCUCCAACCCUAUUAAUUUUUGUUGUUUUAGCCUUGGCUUCUUAUAAAGUCAUGUUACUUAGCAUCAUUGCUCUUUUGUUUGGGUUUAUGUUACAGCCUUGUCUAUUGUAUUGUGAGAAAAAGAAUUGGUUCAGGUUUUCUGUUAGUUCCAACCUUCCAGAUGGUUCUGGUUACCGCAGCAUCAAUGAGGUUUGAAAGUGAAGAAUCAUUUGCUUCUUGCUUGGUCAUUAUGAUGUACCGAUGAUGUAGUAACAGUGUUACCUUGAAAAAUUUGACUUAUAUAUUGAAAUACAACAUAGUUUGGGUCUUUUAACAUUCGUCAGUAUUUUUGGGUUUAGAUGUUUUCCAAUGCAUAAUAGGGUGUUUUUCUUAGGCCAUGCACACUGUAGAUUUAUUAUGCAAAUAUUUAAUCCUUGAUGUCACAUUGUCAGAGGCUGAAACAAAUGGAUCAAAAUUUGGGUUAUGUCUAUUAUGUGUGUCUUAGUGAUGUUCCAGGAACAAUGAGAAAUAGAGCAUGGUGUGCUAAAAUGAAUAUUUCGCCAUUGUAUACUUGAAGAGUUAACUGGAUUUUUGUAGUCCAUUUUUUAUGUGAAGUUCCUAGUUUGAGUUCUUGUUUGUGUUUAUGUAAUGAUGAUUCAACUGUACUAAAUUUCACCCGCUUGGAAUGAAA